AUGAAAGAAGCUCUUGAUAAUAAAAUUAUUAGAGAAAAAUUAAACAAAGUGAUCUGGAUACAUGAGAAGGGUUUCAAUCCAUGGGAGGUCGGUCUAAGACCCGCAAUCCCAGGCUUCUUAGUUCACGAAUACAAAGAUUACCUUUUCUUUUACAGUGGUGGAAACAUACGCAAACUAAGUACAGCGAUAGCUUUGAUUGGCGAUCCACUCAUAAUUUUUCUCGAUGAACCAACAACUGGGAUGGAUCCUGUUGCAAGACGACUGUUUUGGAACACUUUAUGUAGAGUCAGAGCCGAAGGUCGAUGCCUGAUGAUUACGUCACAUAGCAUGGAAGAAUGCGAGGCGUUGUGUACUCGGUUGGCAAUCAUGGUCAAUGGCAAAUUUUGUUGCCUCGGUAGCCCGCAACACCUGAAGAACAAAUUCGUUCAAGGAUACACUUUGUUGGUAAGCCCUCCAAGUGACACGCCCAGUAAUGACACGACCUUGGUAAAAGAAUUCGUUGCAGAGACGUUCCCAGGCAGUGAACUUCGAGACGAGCACAAUGGCUUGUUGAAUUACCACAUAGGCGAUUCAAAAUGGGCUUGGUCUUCCCUGUUUGCGAUCUUAGAAGAUGCGCACAGCCGUUCUGUUAUCGGUAAUUAUUCUAUAAAGCAAACCACACUGGAUGAAAUAUUUUAAAUUUUGCUCUCUCACAGGAGGCUACGACGAUUAGAUGGUCGAUUAAUAUUGUCCUACAUGGGGCACUGUGACCAUUUAUUUUGAAUUAUUACUAAAUCUUUUUUAUCGUCUUAA